UAGGAAACGCGAUGACAAAGGGCUUUCUCUAUUCGCGAUCGUCAAUUUGAUUUCCUUUGUCGCUCUGAUCGAUUCCGGCUAAAAGGGAUUCUUCUCCGGCGUAAUCAUGACGACAUCAAGACGUCUCGCGGGCAGGAAGGUUGAGAAGUUUGAAAAGAACAUUACGAAGAGAGGAGCUGUGCCCGAAACAACCACAAAGAAGGGGAAGGAUUAUCCGGUUGGUCCUAUCCUCCUUGGAUUCUUCGUGUUCGUCGUCAUUGGAUCCUCCCUCUUCCAAAUUAUCAGGACAGCUACUAGCGGAGGCAUGGCUUGAACUCUGCAACCUCCGGACUAGAAAGACCAAAGUAUCAGAAACCUUGUACCGUGUCUCAUGUUUUUGUCUUUUCUCUUUCCUUUUCUAUGUACCGUGGUAGAAUGUAAAGAAUUUUGAGUCUCUUUAUCUCACGUGCUGUUUGAAACUAUCUUGAAAAGUUUUUACUUUUUUUUCCAUCUCUGCAAAUCCAAUUCGCGGUAUUUGGGAAUGA